AUGGCCAAGUUAAACCCAAAUGAGGUAGAACAACAAUGCCAGCGAUGGAAAACAACUUUGAUUGGAUACGUUCUAGGGGGAAAUCCGUCGUUCAAAGAGAUGCUCAAAUUUGUCUAUGGCGUUUGGAAUCUAGUCACGACACAUACGGUCUUUCUACAUGACGACGGGUAUUUCAUUUUCAGAUUUGAAUCUGUGAAGGACAAAAACUUAAUUGUGCAAAAUGGCCCUUAUACCUUCAAUAGCAGACCUAUGGUAUUGAAGGAUUGUGAUCCGGAUUUUCAGAUUCAAAAUGAAUCUAUGAGGAUAGUUCCUGUAUGGGUCAAUUUACCCGGGCUGCCUGUUCAGUGUUGGGCCGAGGAAAACCUAGGUAGGAUUGCUAGUCUGUUAGGCAAACCUAUUUGCACUGAUAAGCUGACAACAGAAUGUGAAAGGAUUUCAUAUGCUAGAAUACUUGUUGAAAUGGACAUCACACAACCAUUACCAGAGGAAAUUCUCAUAAAAAAGCCAGAUGGGAGGAGCUGGAUGCAGAGAGUAGAUUUUGAAUGGAAACCAAAGUUUUGCUUGGAUUGCAACAAAUUUGGUCAUAGUACUGGUGAGUGUCAAUAA